GGAACCUGAUCGGCCACACGUCACUCACUCAAGAGUGCAACCGUGCGAACAAGUGUCCCGUAUGAGCCCGAUUUGUGGAACGGGUCUUAACCGGAUCACAACUCGGGCUGCGCCUGAUUUGAUAUCCCGGGCAACCCCGUCUGACGAUGAUCUAUAUUUACGACGCAAAUAUCAGACGGUGAUGCACGUCGCAUCAUGUUGCACGACAACUAAAUCAAGAAACAUUUCUAUUGCACCAAAUCGAGUUCGAUUUCAGUCUGUUACCAAUUCAGAAUCCGAUUCGUAUUGCAAUCGUAAAUCCAACCUCACCUUACAGUAUCCUAAGUGAGUUGAGAUAACAUAUGACUCGUGUCAUCCUCUCUUGAUGCCCCGUAUAUCUCGCGAUCCUGUUUGAUUCCGAGUCGAAAUCUAAUAUGAUUCCUGUAGAUACAUUCGGUAAACGUUCUUGUUUCCUUAUCUAAUGCCAAUCAACAUCAAUAUCAAAUCUAUCGAGUUCGCCGACUCCUACCCUUACGGUCUCUUCCUUCACUCCGUCUAUAUAGAAAGCUCUCUCUCCGUCUCUCCAGAAGCUGCAGUACAGACCCGACAUGGCAUAUAACCAUCAUAUAGAGGUUGAAGACGACUCCGAGAUGAAGGAGAAGAGAGAUUGGUCCGGUCGCUUGCCGCGCCUUUCCAUGGGGAGCGAGGGCGAAGACGAGGUGGCGAGAUGUAGCCGCUGCGGCCAGCCGUUGGACGACUCAGAUCAGGUGAUGUCAUCGUCGAGCAUGGCGUCGGCAGAGAGGGAGCGGCGACCAGAUCGAGCACUGGAGACGAAGGGGAGCCACGCUGCGCCGGCGGAGUGCCAGCUCGUAGUCCGGGUGCCGGGUGGGUCCGGGCCGAUAAGCCUGAACAAGGAGGAGGUGAAGGCGUGCCGUGAUCUCAUGAUCGGGUUUCCCUGCGGCCAUCUGAGGGUGGAACUCCCUGUAGCGUUCUCCGACAUGCAGGCGGACGCCGCCGGCACCUGCGACGACCUUUCCCCAGUCGCCAACUGGAAGAUCGCCAGCCCAGAUGACGACCCGGAGAAGAUGAAGGCCAGGAUCAAAGUAUGGGCUCAAGCCGUGGUUCUCAUGUCUGCUAUGAAGUCACACCGCUGACCACUUGUUGUUUGCUCAUCGACGAAAGCACAUGAUGAUACGUGUAGAUCUUGACAGCCGCAUCUACAUUCCUUCAGUCAAAUUUUGUAAUGAUUUCUUGAUAUUUCUCUUUACAAAGUCUCUCUCUAAUGAAAAGCUUCGAACUAA